AUGAGGCUGAAAUUCAGCAACCUUCAGAAACAAUAUCUCCAAUAUAUCAAGCAUGUGAAAUCUACAGGCGAAAGCCAGAAGGAUCCACCACUGUUUUUUGAUUUGAUGCAUGGAAUUCUUGGGGAGAAGGAUAAAUCAAACCCCACUAACCUACAAGACUCCUUGCAGGAUGUCUCCAAAGAUGAUGAAAUAGACUGUAAAGAUGAGUCUCAAGGUGCUCCAGAUAAAGUUCGAAAGAAAUUGUCAGGAAAAAAACAUGAGAGAUGA